AAAGAAGAAAUGUUGGGGUCCACCUGUUCGUCUCGCCUCCAUCAGUGUGAGGGAGGGUGUGUCCAGUCCCCCCGCCACCUCCGAUGACCCCACCCUCACCCUGUGGCAUGACUGGGCUGCCCCGGAGCCUCUGGGGGUUUGGGGCAUGUCAUGGGGGAUUCUUCAGGGAUCAAGGAGGAAGAGGAAGGGAAGGUGAAGGUGAAGGAGGAGGAGGAGGAGAAAGAUGUGUUCAGGUACAAUGACUUCUUCCUGCUGGGGGAGGCACUGCACAAGCUCCUGGAUGAAGUAGGGAAGCCUGGAGCUGCCAUGCUGUCCCUUGUGUGGUGUGUGGAAGCUUACGUCCCCACACCAAGUGAGGUGCCAGAGUUCUUUGGCGCACUGCAGAGGUUCCAACAAUGGCACUUUGGGGCGCUCCACGUGGCCUGCCGGGAGAGAGCAUUGGUGGAGGAGUGGGAGGAGUACUUUCCACUACAGCUCCUCGAUAAAUCCUCUGAGGUUGUGGCGGGAGUGAUAAAAAACUUCUGGCGUGGACACCUCAGCCUGUGGGAGGAGAGCACCGGGGAGGCUGUGCGGCUGCCCCUGUGUGAGCUGGUUUGUGCCCAGGGCCAGCCACACUCCUCGCUGCUGCCCCGCCAGCAAACACCGCUGUAUUUCCUCCCGACGGCGGAGGUGAUGGCAGACUUUGAUGGGGGAACAAUGUCAUGGGUGUACCUGCAGAGUGGUGCCAUCUACUGCCUCAGUGCAGCACCCUCCUGUGACCUUGAGGACCAGGAGGAGAUGACUGCCGCCCUGCACCUCUUCACUGCCCAGCCUGGGACAGUGACGCUGGUUCGGCUGCAGUACUCCACCUCCCCCCCAGUGCUGAACAACUUGAAGGCCCUGAGCACUAAUGAAUGGAAGAGAGCCAAUGUCGAGGGCCACUUUGACCUCAUCCCAACGCCACAGUUCAAAGGAUACCACUUGAAACUAAACAUGCUGAUUCUGAGUGAAGGAGCCACCAAGGGGAAGGCGUGGGUUGUUUUUCUGAAGGACGCGGAGUGCAUUGGUGAGGACGUGAUGCACAUUAUCAACACCUCAACACACACGAAGAGAAGCAAGGUACCACCACGGGACACUGACAAGGUGCUAGAUCUGCUGAAGGAGACGCCCUGUCUGACUCCUGUGCACAUGAGGGCCUUCUCCCAUCUGUGCCUCCACCUCCCACACCAGAUCCAGGAGAGGCUGACAGCAGCGGGCCACAAGACGAGUGACCUUGAGGCGUCGGAGCAGCAGGAGGUGGAGGCUGCGGCGAGUCAUGAAGUCCUCGGCACACUGAUGGAGAGCCAACCUUCCCCGUGUGUCCUCUCCUCUGAUGUUGUUGAUGUUCCUCCUGAGUCAAGAAUCAACACAACUGAAUGGCCGGAAUAUAUUGCAAUGGAUAUGGGCGAGGAAGAGGCUGAGAUGUCUUCACAAGCACACGGGACCUCUGGGGACUUGCUGGGUGGUCUGGCUCCCCCGCCCAGCAAGGCCAUCCUCACCCUGGAGGCAGCACAACUGGUCAAGCUCUUCUCCAAGACAGGCCGGGCGGCGGACUCAAUCAGGCACAAGAUUAACAAGCACGAUUCCCUUGGUCACUUCCCCUUCAAGUUCACGUCUUCCCUGGAGGACAUAAAGAGCCUGGCGUGGCCUGAGGCUCUGUAUGCCCACCACCACGGCGUUCACUACAACAUUGGAGACAAAAGUGAGAAGUUUGUGGAGCAGUGCAGUCAGGUGGAGAGGAGAUACAUCCGCCAAGAAGUCGCUUCCACCUGCACAGUGUUUCAGGACAAAGAAACGGUGUAUGUGAAAGUCAACACUCACCCUCAGCCCAGGAAAGACUCAAAGGACCUGCCGAGACCCAUACAAAAGCCCCAGACCUUGAGUAGACCAGCAACCAGGAGUGGCAGGCUGGGUGGGGCGAGCAGUGUGCUGGGACGCAAGGCAGUGGUGCAGGGCCGUAGAGAGAGAGCCCAGCCAGUGAGACGCUCCCCUCGCAAACGGCAGCUUCUUAUUCCUGAAAGUGGUCUGCGGAGAUCACCACGUAAGACAAUGAAGAACAAAAUUCCAGGUGGCAGUCUGGCUAACCUCAUGAAACCAGCGGACCUCCUCAAGCCGGCACACAGCAAGGCAUCGGCGAGCAAGGCUGCCAUGCAUGCCAAGAAGGUCCCCAAGCCGGCCGACCUCAGUGACAUACACAAACAGAAACUGCGAGUGGCAGUGGUGGAGUCACUGGAGCGGGAGGGGAUGCGCAUGAAAGACUCACUGUUCAAGGUGUGCUUCAAGAAACUGUUCGCUGUGUGCCAUCCCUUUGCCCUGGAUGUCAUUGGCCAGGGCUCCACCAGCAAGAACAGAAAGAUCGCCACCGCCCACGUCAAGCAGGUCAUUGACUUUGAGCGGCGCAGAGCUCAAAAGGCAAGGAAAUGAUCAGUGUGGGGGGAUGGUGUGUGUGUGUGUGUGUGUGUGUGUGUGUGUGUGUGUGUGUGUGUGUGUGUGUGUGUGUGUGUGUGUGUUGUGAUCGCUUGGUGUUUUUCUGUUUGGAAUUACACUGAAACUUUUUGCUUUGUUUGGUAUGUAUGAUUGUUAGUUGUUUGUUAUUUAUUAUUGUUGUUGCUGUUUUUUUUCUAUAUUUUUAAGUAAUCUUGUCUCACCAUACUUAAAAUAUUUUCCUUUACUGAAGUGGAUCCUUCUGUAUUUCUCACCAUACCUUACCCUUAUCCACCUCAACUAAUCUAACUAUCACAUACAAUCCACUAAUUUCCUUUUUCCACUUAAUACAAACAGCAACAAUAAUAAAUAGCAAAUAAAUAUACAAUGUUAUUUGAAUACAAUAAUUAUUUUAUCUGAGAGUGAGAUAGAGAAAUUCUUUAAUAAUAUUUGUUUACCGUGUGAUAUUUAAAGUUAGGUAAGGUGAUGCUUUUAGUGGGUUUUGCAGGCUGUUCUUUUCCUGGUGGUAUUUUUAACACUAAUCUUGCUAUUGGUUCAUUUUUGGGCAUUUAUCUUGUAACAGGUGAUAUUUUUGGGAGUUUUGAUUAACACUAACAUGAAUUGAAUUACCCGAUUUCAUAUUUUUGAGUAAUUUUAGACAACUUCAUGACAGGAUUGGUGAUCUUGAUUCCUGAUAGCACGUUGACCAAUCGAACAUAUCAAAUAACUUUAAAAAAAUUCAGUACAAUCAUGAAAAAUAAUUAAUUCCUUGCUGUGAUUAUAAUCAAGCAUUCAAUUAUAAUUAAUAGAAGGAAGAAUUCAAUUAUAAUUAUUAGGAAGAGGGAGAAAGAUAACAUAAUUUAAAUAAGUUUUAAUUUAAUAUAGUGUACAUAUAAAUAUAUCGCUCCUCUGACUAGAAUAGUUAUAGGACGGAAUUAUUCUUUGGUGCUGAGGUAACACACAGUGAGGCUCACGAGUGCUGAGCUAUUAAUACUAGUGGUGGGGAAGGCAGGCCCUGUAUAGAAAAAGAUAACUCAAAACUUUUAGUGGGUGAACAGACAGUAUUUGGGGUAUUAGGGAUAAGAUUGUAGUAAGAAGUAAGAUUUGAGGUAGGGGGAGAAAGAGAGAAAAUUAAAUGGGUUAGACAGAGAGAGGGAAAGACAGGGA